AUUUCCAGCUGUGUAUAUAUACAAAGCUUUGCUGGUAGCACUGAGAUCAUUAUUAGCUCAUGAUAGUUCAUCCUCACCACUACUACUACUUCUACCGCUCAUUCACAUCUUUCUCUCUUCCCAAACCCACCUGAUCUUCUGUAGGAUCUGUUUUAGGUUCCAGAAGCAGCAGCAGCAGCUAGCAGUAGUAGUACAGUAGUACUCUGCGGUUAGGGUUUUAGUUAUGAUGGAUGUACUGUUCGAUCAUCAUCAUUUUCUCAGCGAGCGGGAAACUCCGUCGUCGGAGAUGAAGGUUUCCGUCGGCUCCGAUUACAAGCAGGGUUGGAGUUUUCCUGAAGGUGAGGGAAAAGGGUUUGUUGGGUCGAGGACUACUGAAGCUGAGCUUGUUUCGUCGUCAGAGUCGACUGAGGAGGACGACGAUUACAUUGCUGAGUUGACUCGCCAGAUGACUCACUACAUGCUUCAGGACGACGACAAACACGCUCUCAAAACCAGUAUUACUAGCUCCGAGAAAAACGAAGAGUCGUGGGGUUGUGUCGGUUGGCAGAGUAACUCGAUGACGAUGUGGUCGCCGUUGGGAUCGAGCAAUGGAAGCCCAGAAGGUCCAUCUGAGGAGCCAUCGCCGCCGGUGACGCCAGGCAAAGACAAAGCUUCGGAGCAUAAAAUUCCUCCGUCGUACGCCGCCGUUUUGUGCAAGUUGGACAAGUUAGAAACCAACAAACAGGGAAGACCAAGUGGAACUACCCAAGUAGCUGAAGCUGAAAAUCCAAAGCAAGGUGUAGCUUUUGAUCAAAGCCAAGACUCUAAGAUUAAUUUGAAGCUAACGCAAGGGCGAAGUACUAAGAAGCAAAGCUCAGUAAAUAAUGGUAGACAACCCAAGCAUAUUACUCAUCAGACAUUUGAGUCCUACAACCUAAACCAUAAGAAAGUAGGAUGUGAUGCUAAUGGCGGAUUAAGGACUUCUCCACCUAUUUCCACUUUGUCCUCAACCCCGUGGCUGAACAACCAGCAAGGCCCCUCAAAUAUGAGGGCGGUCUUCCUAGGUGGGUCGGGCGGCGCCGGUGCUAGAGUUGGGACGCCGUCUUGUGGGACUGGUGUCUUCUUACCCUGUGUUAUUGGUAACACAUCUCAGUCACCCAAGAAUAAAAGAGGAUGUGCCCCUGUUCUAAUACCCGCAAAGGUAGUACAAGCCCUGAAGGUUCAUUUUGACCGAGUCGGUGACCUACCUCGACAAAACCCUACUGCCUUCCCCAUACAAAACGAUUCCUCAAAGAGUGGAAGGAGGACAAGCACGUCUGCAAAUAGAAAGCGCCACUCGAGAGGAGCGGCACCACCGCCGGACAUGAACAACAAUGAGAUGGGUCUACCUCAAGAAUGGACGUAUUGACUUAGCCAAAGCUAAAGCACAUGCCUGUGCUUAUUAUUUCAUCACCCGCCUACAAUGUUGCUAAUCUCUCGUUUUCACUUAUGGUGGUGUCACUGUGAUGCUUUGGCUGUGUUUGUUUCGUAGCAAAUACGGAAAGGGGUUAAGAUUGAAUAAACUCAAUAAAGAGAAAGAUGAUGACAGACACAAUAGUCGGUCAAUUAGAUAUGUAGGGGAAUCCAUUAGAUCAUAGAUUACGACAAACAAAUAGAGAUUCACGAGAAUAUUAUCUUC